AUGGGGGCUGGAGCGAGCGCUGAGGAGAAACACUCCAGAGGGCUGGAGAAGAAGCUGAAGGAGGAUGCCGACAGGGAUGCAAGAACUGUUAAGCUGCUGCUGCUAGGCGCUGGAGAAUCUGGCAAAAGCACUAUCGUCAAACAGAUGAAAAUUAUCCACCAAGAUGGCUACUCACUUGAAGAAUCCAUGGAGUUCAUUGUCAUCAUCUACAGCAACACCCUGCAGUCCAUCAUGGCCAUUGUGAAGGCCAUGAGCACAUUUAAUAUGAACUAUGGCCACCCUGAUCAGCAGGAUGAUGCCAGGAAACUCAUGCAUCUUGCAGACACCAUUGAGGAAGGAACCAUGCCUAAAGAGAUGUCAGACAUAAUUUUGCGCCUAUGGAAGGAUUCUGGCAUUCAGGCGUGCUUUGAAAGGGCCUCAGAGUACCAACUCAAUGACUCAGCUGGAUACUACCUGAGUGACUUGGAGCGGCUGAUCCAACCAGGCUACGUGCCCACUGAGCAGGAUGUGCUGCGAUCAAGAGUGAAGACCACUGGUAUCAUCGAGACCACAUUUGGCUUGAAAGAUCUCAAUUUCAGAAUGUUUGAUGUGGGUGGCCAGAGGUCAGAAAGGAAGAAGUGGAUUCAUUGUUUUGAAGGUGUGACCUGUAUUAUCUUCAUUGCUGCUUUGAGCGCCUACGACAUGGUGUUGGUGGAGGAUGAUGAAGUGAAUCGAAUGCAUGAGAGUCUGCACUUGUUCAACAGUAUCUGCAACCACCGCUACUUCGCCACCACCUCCAUUGUACUCUUCCUCAACAAGAAAGAUGUGUUUACUGAGAAGAUCAAGAAAGCUCAUCUCAGCAUGUGCUUCCCUGAAUACGAUGGCCCCAAUACAUAUGAGGAUGCUGGUAACUACAUCAAACUACAGUUCUUAGACCUGAACCUGCGCCGAGACAUCAAAGAAAUCUACUCUCACAUGACCUGUGCCACAGACACAGAGAACGUCAAGUUUGUGUUUGACGCUGUAACCGACAUCAUAAUCAAAGAAAACCUGAAAGACUGUGGUCUCUUCUAA